AUGGCUACCAUCAAUCACAGCUCAUGGCUACUACUUAUAUCUCUCUUCUUGGUAAUAUCAUUGUUUGGGUUAUCGGAUGCAACAGCAACUUAUCAUGUGGUGAAAUAUGGUGCAAAAGCAGAUGGGAAAACAGACUCAACCCAAGCAUUUCUGAAGACAUGGGAAGCCGCAUGCAGCUCUACUCAGACAGCCAUCAUAUACGUCCCCAAAGGAAGGUUCUUGCUCAAAGCUGCAGAGUUCAGAGGCCCUUGCAAGAGUAGAAUCAUCGUUCAGAUAUACGGAACCCUCAUUGCCCCUACUGACUAUUGGGCUUUGGGAAACUCCGGCUACUGGAUCUUAUUCAUUCAGGUCAAUAAUCUUGGAGUUUUCGGUGCCAGACUCGACGCCAAGGGAGCUGGCUUUUGGGCUUGCCGGAAAUCCGGAAAGAGCUGCCCUGUUGGAGCUAGGUCCAUAACGUUCAACUGGGUAAACAAUGUGGUGAUAAGUGAUACGUUGUCCAUCAACAGUCAGUUAACUCAUCUUGUGAUCAACAGUUGCAAAAAUGUGGUGGUCCGAAACGUUAAACUGUACGCUCCGGAUGACAGCCCCAACACCGAUGGGAUUCAUGUGCGGGGCUCAACUGGGGUUACUAUCACCCGUGCGACGUUAAUGACCGGAGACGAUUGUGUAUCAAUUGGCCCCGGCACCAAGAACCUCAAAAUGAAUAACAUCAACUGCGGCCCAGGACAUGGCAUAAGCAUCGGUAGUCUAGCUAGGAAUGCGAUCGAAGCUGGGGUGGAAGAUGUGACGUUGACGAAUGCAGUUUUCACUGGAUCGGAUAAUGGACUACGAAUAAAGACAUGGGCGAGACCCAGCACUGGCUAUGUGGCUAACAUUCUCUUCCAGAACAUCGUGAUGAAGAAUGUUAAGAACCCCAUCAUCAUUGAUCAGAACUACUGUCCACGUGAUGAAAACUGCCCUAACCAGACUUCCGGUGUGAAGAUUAGUCAAGUGAGAUAUAAGAAUAUACAAGGGACGUCGGCAACGGCUGAGGCAGUGACAUUUGAUUGCAGCCCAAGUAAUCCCUGCAAGGGGAUAGCAUUGCAGGACAUCAAGCUUACAUACCUGGAUAAGGUAGCUACAUCUUCAUGCAACAACAUUGACGUAACCAGUACUGGAGUACUCAUGCCCCAGAGUUGCGCGGCGACUUGA